AGAUUCGCGUCUCCGCCACCGUCACGCCCACCACAACCCGAUCGCGCUCACUACCGUCACUCCUCUUCUCCAUAACAUGGGCUCCCGCUUCUCCGUCGACGGCGCCGAUGACGACCACCACCACCUCCGCUCCCUCGUCGCCGAGCAACACCGCGAGCUGACGGCCGCCCAAACCCUAGAAUCGGACCUCGACCUCGCUUACCGCCUCCAGCUCGAGGAGGCCUUGGCCGCUUCGCUCUCUCUCCUCCCCUCCUCCUCCUCCUCCUCCUCCGCACCCCCGCCCCGAGCCCUAGCCCUAGCCCCGCCCGUCGAUGUCGCCUCGCCCUCCUUCGCCUCCCUCCAGUCGGACGAGCUCUCCAAGUUCCAGCGACAGCUCAAGGACCGCGAGCUGAGCGAGACCGAGGCGAGGCUCGUCAGGGAGGAUCUCCACCGUCGGAUCCACGAUCAGAAGGUCGCCACCGAGAUCAUGACCAUCCCCGACGAUGACUGGGACGACUGGGGAGAUGAGUUCGAGCGGCCUUUCGGCGAGGGCUCCUCCAAGGAUCGCCGCGGCGGCGGCGGCGGCAGCGACGGUGAUGUGUUCAGAUUGUAUUGCAAGGGUUUGGUGAGCGACGAGAGGGUCGAGGGGCAAAAGUGCAAUACCGUUUUAGCGGGGGUCGGAGUUGCCGUUUGCGAUUUCAGGGGGAAUUUGAUAUUCGAAGUGAGGAAGCCAUUGGUUGGGCCCGGGACGAGCAAGAGCAAGGUUGUGGUUGAGACCAAGGCGCUGGUCGAAGGGCUUAAUGCUGCUUUGGGGUUGGAGUUGAAGAGGAUCGUGUUCUACUGUGAUUACUUCCCGCUUUUCCAGUUUAUUACUCGUAGAUGGACGCCAAAGCAACGCAAGGUUGCGGUGUUAGUUGAGCAAGUGAUUCUUCUUAGAAGAAAAUUCGAUCAGUGCAAUUUCUUGUUGAUAGCACGAAAUGAGUUCAAGUUUGCCUUUAAACUUGCAAGAGAUGCGAUAACUUCCCAGAUUGUGAGGCACGCAGACGGUGUUGCCAGCAAGAAUCCGAAGGAGACCUGUGUAAUCUGUUUAGAAGAUACUGAUGUUAGUCAGAUAUUUGCGGUUGAUGGAUGCUUGCACCGGUAUUGCUUUUCUUGCAUGAGACAGCAUGUAGAGGUGAAGUUGCUCCAUGGUACGGUGCCAAGAUGUCCUCACGAGGGAUGUAAAACUGAUCUUAGUGUCAGCAGCUGCAGUAAAUUUUUGACACCCAAACUAAUUGAGAUGAUGACCCAGCGGUUAAAGGAAGCCUCAAUCCCUGUUACAGAGAAAAUAUAUUGCCCUUAUCCCACGUGCUCUGCAUUGAUGUCAAAAACUGAAGCUUCAGAAUGCUCAACCACUUCCGUUUUAGGUGUUGCAAGAUCCGGAGCAAGGAAAUGCAUAAAAUGUCAUAGACUCUUCUGUGUCAAUUGCAAGGUUCCUUGGCAUAGUAGUUUGACAUGCGUGGCCUAUAAAAAAUUGCAUCCUGAUCCUCCUGCUGAAGAUAUAAAGCUGAAGUCUCUUGCUUCCAGGAAUCUAUGGCGUCAAUGUAUCAAAUGCAAUCACAUGAUCGAACUUUCUGAAGGCUGUUACCACAUGACUUGCAGAUGUGGUUAUGAGUUUUGCUACAAUUGUGGUGCUGAGUGGAAGGAUAAAAAACCUACUUGUUCUUGUCCGCUGUGGGAGGAAGACAAUAUUUUGUAUGACGAUGACCGGGAUUUUGAUGAUGAUGAUGAUGAUGAAGAUGAAGAAGAUGAAGAAUGGUAUACUGACUCGGAGGAGGAUUAUUUGUUCUGAACUGCUACUAAUAAUAUUUAUUCUCUCAAUACUUGCCUUUUCUCAGACGGGAUAUGACCUGUUCAUAAUUGGCAAACCUUGACGUGUAUAGUUAGGUGGGACGCAUUCUGUUUUUUCAUCUCUUUUGCUGGACAAAUACUUUGAAAUAACGAUUGAGCAAUUCAAUUUGCAAGCA